AAUUGUAUUGGUACAGUUACGUUUUUGGUUCAAGUCUUAAUUCCAGUGUGGCGAAUUGUUCAACUGGUUGCUAUAAUGAAAUGGAAAGUGUUUUUUGUUUGGAUCGUUUCAGGGAUUUCAUUGUCUUCAGUUGCAUUGCAUACCCGAAAACCAUGUAAAAUAAUUAAAACAACUUAUGGUUAUGUGUGUGAGAAUUCGGAUAACUAUUGUGAUGAUUUAAAAAUGCCUGAACCAUGCGGUGAUGAAUAUAUUUUGGUUACAUCGUCAAAAAAUAAACACCGAUUUAUCUACGAUGUAGGAACAUUUGAGAAUGGCGCAGAUGAUAAAAAUUGUAGCAAUGUGAUUGAAAUAGAUCAAUCGGAAAUGUAUCAGGAAAUUCGUGGAUUCGGUGGUGCCUAUACAACUACUAUAACUAAUUUAGUAAAUGAUUAUUUAUCACCAAAAUUGCGACGGUGUUUUUUUAAAAGUUAUUUUUCACAUACCAUUGGUGCGGCAUAUACAUUACUUCGAAUACCGAUUGGUGGAAGUGAUUUUGAUACCGAACCAUGGGCCUACAAUAUGUACCCCGAAAAUGAUACAAAUUUAUCAAAUUUUACGCGACUCAAUCACAGAGAUAUCCGACGAAAUGCACAAAUUAAAGAGAUGAUGUGUGUUUCAAAAAAUCAAGAUGUAAAAAUAUUAGGAGGCACAUGGGGACCGCCAAAAAGUUGGAAAGAGCUGGGAAGGUGGGGAGGUGGCACGGACAAUCAACUGAAAAAAGAAUUCUAUCAAGCUUGGGCCGACUAUCAUUUGCGUUGGAUAAAUCUCAUGAAGGAAGACAAUAUGAAUAUUUUGGCAAUUUCCACAGGCAAUGAACCAAAAUCGGCUGCUCAAAUUACGUCUCAAAUCCUAAGUUGGAAUCCAGACGACCAAAGUCGAUGGAUUGCGAAAUUCCUAGGACCAACCUUGAUAGGUUCCAAUGUUGAAAUCCAUGCAUUCGAUGAAAAUCGGGAUUUGGCUCCCGAUUGGUUAAAUAGAAUGAAACAAGGCGAUGAAGAAGCGUUCGAUUUUGUUUCAGCAUUCGAUUUUCAUGCUUAUUCGGAUAAAGCGCUUGGUCCCGAAUAUCUCGAUCAGUUAAUGGAACAAUAUCCGGACAAAGAAAUUUGGUAUACAGAAAUGUGUUUUGGUGCUUUUUUCAUGACAAAGAAUAUAGGCCCAAGAUUAGGUUUAUGGAAACGAGCUGAAGAGCUUAUUAAAAUUCUUAUUGAAAAUUUGACCCAUUGGGUAGUUGGAUACAUUGAUUGGAAUUUGAUGUUAGACCACACAGGUGGUCCCAGUUAUAUAAACAAUUCAAUCGAUGCGCCAAUAAUACUGAGCAAAGAUAAGAAAAAAAUGUACAAACAACCGCUUUUUUAUGUAAUGGCACAUUUUUCGAAAUUCAUUCCCGCCGGCUCCACUAGAAUUGAUGCCAAAAUAUCAGGAUGCAUGAGUGACAAAUUGUUAACCGCAGCCUUUCUGCAGCCAAACAAGAAAAUCACCGUGAUCAUAUACAAUGAUGAACUUAGAUCGGUUGGUUUGACGGUUAACGACAAAACAAAGGGAAAGGUUAAUAUCAAAUUGGAACCAAAAUCGAUUAAUACAUUGGUUUAUGAUACUAACUGUAAACGCUCGAAAUCAAGAAAGAAAUGCUGCUAAUUUAUUCAAUAUAUUUUAGAAAUGAAAUUUUAAAUAUUAACGUUGCACUUAAGAGUCAUUGUGCUUUCAUGAAAUCUGAUGUACAUCAAUUAUUGAUAUCAAUUAUCAAUUUGAUACCAAUUUUCACGCAAAAAUAAUUUAAUAUUUAUUUAACUAUACUUAGUCACCAACGAAUCAUUAGUCAAUUCAAACCAAAAUUCAAUUGAUUUCUUUGAGAAUGGAAAGGUUUUAGGAAACAUAGCCUCUUUUACGGAUUGAAUUUUGUUAGUUACUUAUGGAAUUUGAAUUAUAUAAUACUUACAACAUUAUGGUUCAAAAUAUUCGAUUGUUCCAUUUGCCAAAAUCAAAUAUUUUACCAGAUGUGUAAAUAAAAAAAACUGAAUGUCAAAUAAAUAUUUAUUAUAGAGAAUAAUCAUGAAUGUAAUUGAUUCGAUAAUAAAAUGAAUUCUUCCCUAGUCAAAUUUCGUUUACCCA